UCAAAGUAGUGCCUGGGGAGGGGCUGGGGCUUUGUUGAUCUCUUAUCUCUCAGGCUCCCUUGGUCUUAUCUGAUGGGGCUCAACAGGCAGCAGAUGAGGCUGACAAGGUCCCAGGGUUACUGAGUAACCAUGGCCUCUUUAAAAGUCCCACUGUUUACCCCCUAACACUCAGCACGCAUCACUUCUCUGCCUGCACACUGCUGCCAUGAAUGCCUGUUUGCUGUCUAUGCUGUGCCUCCUGGGCGCCUUGGCUGUCUUGGUAGAGGGGGUCACUGUGCAGGAUGGAGACCUUUCCUUUCCUCUGGAGUCAGUGAAACAGCUUAAGGACCUCAAGGAGGUUCCAGAGCUGGUGAGUCACAAGAGGUUUGCUCCCAGGCCUCCUGUGCCUUUGGUACCUCGGCUGUGCAGCUACACUGCAUUUCCAGAAGCACUGAGACCCCUCUGCAAGAAACCCAAUGCUGAGGAGAUCCUGCAGAGGCUGAAGGCCAUUGCUCAGGACCCAAACACAUGUGAGAUCUGUGCCUACGCUGCCUGCACUGGAUGUUAGGAUGAUAUUGCUUGUCUUCUCAGCCUGCAUGGAAGUACCUUCUACCUUCUAGAAGCAGGGAUGGGGGGAAGCUGACAAAGUCCCACCCCCAGCAUCUCAACCUACUGUGCCCAGGGCAGGAAGUAGGCUGAAGAGACAGUUACCUGGGAAGUCCUACCUGGGGGCUAUGCUAAACCUCCUCGGGGACUGUGCUAACCCUCAGUCAAUAAACCAGACAACACCAGGA